AUGGCAGCUGAACUUCUCAAGAAGCGUUUCGAAGAUGCAGUUCUCUUCGUAUUCCCUGAUAACUGUUUCGAGGAACUUUUAAUCAACUUCAAUAUCUUUCAUCCAAAAUGUCCAUCAAUGGUGUUGAGCAGACUGUUAGGAUUAGGCAUUGUUGCAGGAUCAAUUCUCCUCUUCGUACCUCAGAUAUUGAAGAUUCAUGCUUCAAAAAGCGCUAAGGGCAUCUCACUGUUCUCUCAAUUGCUUGCUUUGGUUGGUGCUUUCGGAACUGCUGCUUAUAGCUAUAGCAAAGGAUUUGUCUUCAGCCAAUGGGGAGAUUCCUUCUUUGUCGCUAUUCAACUGGUUAUUGUUAUCAUGCAAAUCCUUUAUUAUUCCGAUGCUAGCGCCUACGCUUUCUCUUUCCUCGCUCUCAGUUGGGCUCUGACCGUAGCUGUGAUUGGAAACUACAUUCCCCUCAAUGUCCUUACUGGUAUUCAAGCAGCAGGUAUUCCAAUCGUGUUUGUUUCAAAGACAAUCCAAGCUUAUCAGAACUAUAAGGCUCAAAGUACUGGUCAACUCUCCUUGAUUUCCGCCUUUUUACAAUUCGCAGGAACCAUUGCUAGAGUGUUCACCUCCAUCCAAGAUACUGGGGAUAACCUAUUGAUCAUUUCAUACGGAUCUGCUGCUGCAUUAAACUCACUCAUAUUUGCACAGUUCUUCCUCUACUGGAAUGCUGACAAGAGAAAGAAAAUGAACUAA